CCCGGGGCCGACCCGGUCGGUGCCCACGUCCCGCCGCGUUGCAGGUGCGUGUCUCAGCGAUGGCAGCGCGGGGGGAACGCCUCCAACUCCUGCACGGUGCUGGCGCUGCUGGGAGCCCCCUGCUCCUUCAUGGGCUCGCUGGCCCCCGGGCACGCCGCCGAUUUCAUUGUGGCGGAUUUCCGGCGCCGGGGGGUGGACGUGUCGCAUGUGGCCUGGCAGCCCCGCGGGGACGUGCCCUGCGCCUGCUGCAUCGUCAGUGCCGCCAGCGGCUCCCGGACCAUCGUGCUCUAUGACACGAACCUGCCCGACGUGACGGCCCGCGACUUCGAGCGGGUCGACCUCUCCCGGGACAAGGGGAUCCACUGCGGGGGCCGGCCGCGGUCACGCGGGCCAUGGGGCAUUGCUGGCCACGGAGGCUCUGGCCUGGCCACCGCCGCGCUGCCCUUUGAGUCCAUCUCAGGGUCUCGCUGCGCCAUCAUUAAUAAUUCACCCGGGCGGUGCCCCCCCGCCGUGGGGACCUCUGCCCCGGGCGGCGCCGAGCCCUCCGCAGCCCCCGGGCUGCCCUUCGCCCCCGGGCACCAGCUCAGGCGGGGCACUCAUGAUGCUGUGGGGGGUCCCCCGGGCACCGGGCUCACCCGGGGCACUCCACGCUGA